AUGUCAAUCAUGCGGAUGCGAGCGGUCAAGUGUCCCACGGACGAGCUUAGUCUCACCAACUGUGCGAUUGUCAACAAAGCAGACGUACCCGACAGUGUCAAGCACAUUGAAGUCUCUACAGGACCCAAUCAACAUUAUGUUUUUACAAUAAAAUACUGUCCUCAAAUUGACAGAGGCCAAGUAGGCUUCAGUCUUCCACAAAGAAAAUGGGCCGCACUAUCACUGAAUCAAGAAAUAGAAGUCAAACCUUAUUAUUUCGAUCCAUCAUCUGCUUCCGAAUUCCUAUCCAGUAUUACUUUAGAAGCAGAUUUUUUGCAAAAGAAGACCACGUCCUUGGAACCAUAUGACAGUGAAGCUAUGGCUAAAGAUUUUCUUUUACAAUUUGCUGGACAAGCAUUUACUGUUGGUCAACAACUGGCUUAUGAAUUUCAAGACAAAAAGAUGUUGGGCUUAGUUGUCAAAUCCUUAGAAGCAGCUGACAUACAAGCCAUUAAAUCUGGUCAAGAAGCUAAGCCAAAAAAGACUAGAAUGGGAUUAUGCCUUGGAGAUACAACAAUCAUGUUUGAAAAAGCACCAAAUUCAAGCCUAAACCUCACUGGAACAAAAACUAAAAUUGUCAGGCAGUCAAUUAUCAAUCCUGACUGGGACUUCAACAAAAUGGGUAUCGGCGGUCUGGAUAAAGAAUUCAGUGCUAUCUUCAGGCGAGCUUUUGCAUCGCGCGUUUUUCCUCCAGAAGUUGUUAUUCAAUUAGGUUGUAAGCACGUUAAAGGUAUUUUGUUGUAUGGUCCGCCUGGUACCGGUAAAACACUCAUGGCUCGACAAAUCGGCAACAUGUUGAAUGCGCGUGAACCUAAAAUCGUCAAUGGUCCACAAAUUUUGGACAAAUACGUCGGUGAGAGCGAGGCCAAUAUUAGACGAUUAUUUGCCGAGGCUGAAGAAGAAGAAAAAAGGCUUGGACCAAAUAGUGGCUUGCAUAUUAUCAUCUUUGACGAAAUCGAUGCCAUUUGCAAAGCCAGAGGUAGCGUGGCUGGUGCAACGGGUGUUCACGAUACUGUAGUCAAUCAGUUGCUAGCCAAAAUUGAUGGCGUUGAACAGUUGAAUAAUAUUCUCGUCAUUGGUAUGACCAACAGACGUGACAUGAUUGACGAGGCUUUACUCCGACCUGGUCGAUUGGAGGUACAAAUGGAAAUUAGUUUGCCCGAUGAGCAUGGUAGAUUCCAAAUCCUCAAUAUUCACACAUCCAGAAUGCGGGAUUAUAAAAAGAUCGAUUCUGACGUGGAUUUGAAAGAGCUAGCCGUUUUGACUAAAAACUUCAGUGGUGCUGAAUUGGAGGGUUUGGUACGAGCUGCGCAGAGUACAGCCAUGAACCGAUUGAUCAAGGCUUCGAGCAAAGUCGAGGUCGAUCCGGCUGCAAUGGAAAAACUCAUGGUCUCGCGCGAGGACUUCGUGCAUGCUCUUGAAAACGACAUCAAACCUGCAUUUGGAUCAAGCGCCGAAUUAUUGGAUCACUUGCUUACCCGUGGUAUUAUUAACUGGGGCAAACCCGUUGCCGACAUACUUGCCGACGGCAAUCUGUAUGUUCAAGAGGCGCGCUCGGCCGAAGGCUCGGGACUCGUUUCGAUUUUACUCGAAGGACCUCCGAACGCUGGCAAGACUGCACUCGCUGCUCAGAUUGCCAAAAAUUCCGAUUUCCCAUUCAUCAAGAUAUGCUCGCCCGAAGACAUGGUUGGUUACACCGAGUCCGCAAAAUGCUUGUCCAUUCGCAAGAUAUUCGACGAUGCAUAUCGUUCGCAACUUAGUUGCAUAUUAGUCGAUAAUAUCGAGCGUUUACUCGAUUACGGUCCAAUUGGACCUCGCUAUUCUAACUUGACGUUGCAAGCUCUUCUUGUUUUGUUGAAAAAAUUGCCUCCCCGGGGUAGGAAAUUACUCAUUCUUUGUACCACCAGUCGUAGACAAGUACUGGAGGAUAUGGAGCUUAUUACAGCUUUCAGUACAACUUUACAUGUACCGAAUUUAUCAACACCAGACAACUUGAUGGCAGUACUGGAACAAGUUGAACUGUUUUCAAAAUCGGAAAUGGCACAUCUUCAUGCAAAAUUGCAAGGCAAAAGAAUAUUCAUUGGUAUCAAGAAGUUACUAGGACUUAUUGAUAUGGCACGACAAGUAGAACCAAACUACAGAGUUAUUAAAUUCCUCUCAAAAUUGGAAGAAGAAGGAGGUCUUGAAUAAACUGUACUUAUCAUAUCUAUAUCCUACUUAGUAUUUAAUUUAAUGACAACAUUCAUUUUAUCAAAGUCAAAUCUAUCUAGUUAUAUUAGUAAGACUGCAAUGUUUGAUGAAAUAGAAGAUAACUUUGGCUUCAUAUGAAAAAUAUAGUUAUAUUUAUUAUUUGCGAUUGUAAUACAAUUCUUUUACUGCGACAUUCAAGAUGACAAUUUUAUGAAAAUAUCAAUUAAUGGCUUGUUAUAAUUAAAAUGAAAUUUUAUUAAAGAAGACGACGAUGUUCUUAGUAUCGUAACUUAUAACUUGAUAUUAUUCAAAAAAUAAUUUUAACUUGUUUUAUAAAAAUUCAUUUUGUACUAAAAUAUAUGUUUAUUUGUAAUUUUAUUAGAAGAAUUUUGAUUUUCUUUAUUGCUAAUUCAGGAAUGAAAAUAAACUUGUUGAUCAAGUCUUUGAGUGAAUAGAUCUCUUGUAUAAAUAUGAAUAUUAGUUUAUAAAUUGUGCGUGUACAGCGUUGAUUAUUAUUAUUAGCACGAUUUAAAACUUAUGGCACUUUUAAAUUUAUAUACUUCACGGUUUCUUUUGAUCUUCAGUUAUCGAAGAACAAUUCUAGAAACUUUUGCUGAAGUACCUUUCAUAUGAUGUAUGAAAUGAGUACAAUCCCGAAUUGGUAAUACAAAGUAUUUUGAAACAUGAAAAAUAGAUAAACACGUUCCAAAAAUGUUACAUAUAAUAUGCUAUAAUCUAUAAAUUAAUAAAUAGUGACUUAUACUACAUAAAAUGAAACAGCUAUUUAAGAAUAGCUUUGGAAAAUGUUUUGAGGACGAGAAAAUUUUGCACGUCAAUUUGUUCAGUAUUUUUACUUUAAAUGUUCUUAUAGAACAUCGACGUUGAUAUAAAUAAUUAUCCGAAUAUAUUUAUUUCCUUAGGUAUAAAAUGAUACUCCAACAUUCUUGCCACCUGAAAAGUUAUUUUUUUAUUCAUCACAUACCAUGUCAAUUCUUAAAACACAAAGCAAGUUUAUAAAUAGAAGUCUGUGUUAGUUAUAAAAAGUGAUGAAUAUAUUCCAUUAUCAAAUGAAAAUUUGAUAUAUUAAGUCAUUCCACUAGUAAAUUAUACGAAGUUAUUUUCAAUUAAGUUUUCCAAUGUUCUACCAUGCACUCAAUGUUUUCAACAACCAAUACGAUUUGAUUUUAUAUAAAACAUGAAGUGAACAAGUUUACAGAAAAUACUAAAUUUUCCUGAGAUUAGUUGAUUUGAAAUUGUUAAAAAAAAAAAAAAGAAUAUCUUGUCAAAUAAUUCAUGUAAAGGGAAUUAAUUUGUUGCUGAUUUGUAUACACUUUUAUUGUAUACAAGUUCGAAAAUGUACUCAUCGCUGCUAGAUUACAUUAAUAAAUGUCUACAUAAUUAAUACGUCA